AUGGCAGAAGCCAGAAAAACGAAAACCUACCAUUUUCACUCAGAAUGGGAGGAGGAUUAUUUUUUUGUUUACUCAAAUUCAAAGUCCAUCUGUCUCAUCUGCAAUGCCAGCGUGUCCAUACCGAAGAAGGGCAAUCUGGAGCGGCAUUUCAAAACAGUGCACAAAAGCUCCGAGACGGAUUUUCCUGCUAAAACUGCUCUACGCACUCGCAAAGUGCAGGAAUUGAAGAGUCAGCUUGCAGCGCAGCAGUCUAUUUUUACUAGGCCCAACACCAAGGGUAAGGCGGCAACAAUAGCAUCAUAUCGAGUCAGUCACGUUCUUGCUAAACACAAAAAGUCUUUCAAGCACGGCGAAGUUGUGAAAGAAGCGUUCAUUGAGGCUGCAGAUGCACUCUUUGAUGAGUUUAAGAACAAAAUGGAGAUCGUUGCCGCUAUUAAGGACGUGCAGUUAUCCCGGAAUACUGUUACACGGCAGUGUGAGGCAAUGACAGAGGAUGUUGAGGGGCAAUUGAAGAAGGACAUUGACGCAUGUGAGUGCUUCUCCCUCCAGUUCGACGAGUCGACUGAUACGGUGGAUGUGGCACAGUUAUGUGUUUUCAUUAGAAUGGUUUUUGAUGACAUAAGUGCCAAAGAAGAGCUACUCAUAUUUCUGCCAUUGAAAGGACAUACAAGAGGCGAAGAUGUUUUCAACGCUUUCAUGGAGUUUGUUAACAAGCGCCAACUGCCUCUCUUCAAGCUCAUCUCCAUCACAACUGAUGGUGCUCCAGUGAUGGUCGGCCACACUAGUGGGUUCAUUGCACUGUGCAAAAAAAGUGAAUCUUUCCCGGACAUCCUUAAUUAUCUUUGUAUAAUUCACCAGCAAGCAUUGUGUGAGAAGAUUUUAAACAUGAAAGAAGUGAUGGAUGUUGCUAUGAAGAUAGUGUGCUCUGUUCGGGCCAGGAGUCUACAGAGAAGGUUAUUCAGGGCUCACUUGGAGGACACAGGUGCAGAACAUACAGACCUGCUGCUUCACACAGAUGUGAGAUGGCUUAGCAGAGGUAAAUUUUUGGCAAGGUUCAGUGAGUUGUUGCCUGAAAUCAAAGAUUUUCUGAAGCUUUCAAAACAUGCAGAAUAUGCACAGCUAGAGGACUGCCAGUGGCUUUUGGACUUAGCGUUCCUGACAGAUCUCACUGGAAUGCUCAAUGAUUUGAAUUUAGAGCUCCAGGGUCAGGAUAAACAUGUGAUCAACAUGAUUAGUUCAGUGAACACAUUUAAAAGCAAGCUACAACUGCUUUCAAGUAGGCUGCACCGCUGUGACCUGCGAAACUUUCCUUACAUGCAAGCAGAACUUCAGCGUCAGGGCAAAGAUUCUGCACAGCUUGACAGUGCACAUUAUAAGGAGCAAGUUCAGAGCAUCUUGUCAGAAUUUGAGAAGCGUUUUACUGACUUUACAUCCAUUGAGCCUGUUGCCAGCGAGGGUAUCGAUGUGGAUUACAUUGCUUCCAAAGUAGCAUCACUGUUUCAACUGGAUAGCUCUGCUGUUGAGAUUGAGAUUCUCACACUGCAAAAUGACAUUGAGAUCAAAUCCAGGGCGACACCUGGCAUGAAAGGAGACUUCUGGAACCUAAUGCUGGAAAACAAAUAUCCCAACCUCAGAAGUUGUGCCUUGAACUUAACAGCACUUUUUGGAUCAACAUAUUUGUGCGAGGCUGCUUUCUCUCACAUGAAAAUCAUCAAGUUGAAGCACAGAUCUACAAUGACAGAUGACCACGUUGUGGCCUCCCUAAGGCUGGCAACCAGCUCCUACUGCCCUGACUUCGAGAAACUAGCUGCCUCCUCCCAGUGCCAGAGAUCCCACUGA